GUAUUAAGGGAAGGAGGGAGUAUUAUUUACCGAAAAAGUAGGGAAGAUCAAAAAAUUCUGCGUGGCUCAGUUUUUUGUGCUCUCCACACGUCCCCCUCUCUACUGUUGUUUCUUCAUCUUCCUCGAUUCUUCUGCUAAAGCCACAAAAGGUUUUGAUGGACUUCUUCCUUAACAAAAUGAAGGCAUCCACAUCUGAAUGCCCCUUUGAUGAACAAGAUAUUCAGCAAUGUCCAUUCUUGAGGAACAUAAGCAAACCCACAAACUUGUCAUUCUCACCCGCGAGUCUUCCAGUUCCAGUUGCUGGAUUCAAAGGUCCAAUCUUUGAAGAUGGUCCAAACUUCGAUUUGGCUUUUAACCUUUUCCAUGGAAAGGAUGGGGUUGUCCCACUUUCCAGGAAGUCAAGUUUUCAAGCUGAUGAUGAUCAUUUGGAACCCCAAUCUGCUCCGAUGUUUAACCCGUUAGCUGCAAAAGCAGCUACAAUUAGUUUGUCAGCAUUUGGACUCGGGGGGCCAUUUGGUUUCAAUUUCUUUGCUGAUAAGUGGAAGAAGCAGAAGCAAAAGCAGAAGUCAGAGUCAUCCGGGAAAAAGGAUAAUUUUGCUAAGGAAGGAAAUCCAUCAGGACAUGAGGCUCUCAGCAACGAGUGGCUUCAAACCGGAAACUGCCCAAUCGCAAAGUCUUAUCGGGCUGUAAAUCAUGUGCUUCCCUUAGUUGCCAAACAUCUUCAACCGCCAUCGGGUGUCAAACUCCAUUGCCCGCCUGCUAUAGUGGCUGCCAGGGCGGCUCUUGCUCGAACCGCCUUUGUGAAAAACCUCCGCCCUCAACCUCUACCAGCAAAAAUGCUUUGCAUUGCUGCAUUAGGCAUGGCAUCUAACAUACCUCUGGGUAUAUGGAGAGAACACACUCAGAAAUUCUCAUUAUCAUGGUUCAUUGCAGUUCAUGCUGCUGUACCCUUUAUAGCCAUGCUUAGAAAAGCUGUUUUAAUGCCCAAAACUGCCAUGGCAUUAACAGUUGGUGCAUCUAUAUUAGGUCAGGUAAUUGGGUCAAGAGCAGAGCGGAUUCGGCUGAAAAAAGCUACUGAAAAGCAAUUUGUAGCUCCAGAAAAAGCUGUUUAUCAUCCAGAAAAAGCUGUUUACCAUGAUUUUGCAGGCUAUAGUUCAGAAUCAGAUCAUGUUGAGGGUAUUACUAACUCUUGUUGUGGAAACCAUAAAAUGAUGUUAGAGACACUUCACAGCAAGGGUGAUAAUGCAGGAUCAUCUGGAACUAGUGUUUGUUUCUGAAACUGGGUGAGCAUAUUGAUUUGGAAAUAAGGCAAUAGUGAACUAAUUGUGUUAGUAAUCUGAUUAGGGUUUGCUGUAUAGGUGAUGUUGGUAAUAAUCUGUGAGGUAAUUUGUAUGUUUAUGCCAACAUAUUCUUGAAACAACAAUGUGACUAAGCAUGUGAAAAUUCAGGGAUAUUAUCGCGUUUUUAUUGA